UUAAAUUGCAUACCCUUAGUUACUAUGUCGGACGAACAAUUGACUAUUCUCUUUAUGAUCAAUCCAGACCCCAUUUUUUAUGGCAUGAUGGAUCAAUUAAUAAUUGAAACCUUUUAAAGAUUAAAAGUAAAUGUAAUUGUCACAGAACUUGAGGAAUUGAGUGUUAUCGUUGGAAACGAAAUAACAUUCUACAGAAAGGGAGAACCAAUCCACUUUGAUGCAUUUUUAGCUUACGGAUAUAUGGCUCCAAAGCACUAUUAGGAUUACAUGUAUUUCAAUUUCGCUGUCCAUUCUGCUGGAAAAAUCACCCUUCAUCACCCCUCCACUGAGAGCAUUCUCUAAAAUAAAUUGCUUCAAUAUCUCAAAUUUAGCGAAAACCAAGUCCCCAUUCCCAGAUGUGGAGCCUCCUUCUCACUCAAUACUUUCAAAUAAAACCUAAGAAGAUUCAAUGAUAAAGCCAUCAUCAAAGAAGUCGAAGGAUAUGAAGGCACUGGUGUUAAACUCUCAGUAAACCAUAACCAAAGCACAGAACUGUUCUGCAAGUCCAUGUGGAAUGGUGAAUAAGCCAUCAUUUAAGACUUCGUUGAUGAUACUGUCGGAAGAUCAAUUAGAGUUCUAGUUAUCGGAGGUAAAGCAGUUUCUGUCACUGAAUUCUAAGACAAUGUGGAUUUCAAGUCCAAUGGAUACAGCGAUGACUUUAGAAUCGAAUCAAAGAUGGAUUCAGAUAAAAAAUAAGAGUAUUUUAAAUUUGCUGAAAGGGCAUGUGCAGCUAUUGAUCCCCAUUUAACAAUUGGAGGAGUCGAUAUUUUGGAUUCUAGAAAGAACGGAAUUGUUGUUUUGGAAAUCAAUAGUUGGCCUGAGAUGACAUUCUCAUAAGAAGCUACAGGUCUCCCUCUCUUUGAUUAAUUUGGCCAAGAAUUUAUUGAAAAGAUAAUAUCUAAUAAUAGAGAAAGAACAAACUCGACUUGAUUAUAUCAUAUAUUGUUUUAUUUAUGUUUGCAAACUGUUCUGUAACAGGUUUAAAAUAAA